UAGACCCUAUCAUAAACUACACAAAUGAAAUCCCAUGUCUAUGAUUCUAACAAAAACCGCAAUCACUUUCUCUUCAUUGUUCUUCUUUCUAAGUUUAGUAUCUGUGAAUGGGAUCUUAGAUGAUCAUAGAACCUUGAUUUUCAACCGUUGUUCGUCUAGAAAACUCGAUGAUCCUAAUGGAGAAUACUUGGAUGCACGAACAACCCUUUUCGACAAGCUUCAUUCUAAAUCUUCUCAAUCGAAAUCCGAUACGACUUUCGUCAUGGUUGGGGAAAACUAUGAAGGCUCUAUCUCGGGCCGUUUUCAAUGUCGUCAAGAUUUGGAUGAUCACAAAUGCAACGAGUGUAUGGAAGAGUUUCAAAAUGUCACUAAUGGCUUAUGUGGUAGUUCCAUGGCGGCUAGAAUCCAACUCUCAGGGUGCCAUGUACAAUACGAGGCAGACACGUAUAAUGGCAUUUUUAGCCUUGACGAAGAAUUGCACCACAAAAAGUGUGGUGAACCCCAAGAUGUGGUAUCAAACGAGUACUAUGAGCAAAUAAGGAGCCAAGCAUUCGAGGCGUUGGAAAGCGAGGCGGCCGGAGGCGAGGGUAAUAACGGGUUUUACUCCAUAAAUAACCAUGAAGGAUUCCAUGCUAUGGCUCAAUGUGAGGUUGGAAUGGAUGAAUGUGAUUGUGCAAAGUGUGUUGUUGAAGCUGUUGAGGUUGUUGAGAAAGAGUGUGUGAGUUCAAUUUAUGGACAAGUUUAUUUGGGAUCAUGUUACUUGAGCUAUGAGUUUAACCCACUUGAAUUCCAUGGUGGUAGUGGCUUUCAUGGAGAGCAAAGGCAUGGGGCUGGUUUUAGGAAGAUAGCGGCAAUCGCAAUUGGAGGGGCAGCCCUUUUGUUCGUUGUUCUUAUUUUAUUUCGAUGCUUCAAGAAGAAGGGUGAUGAUUUUUGAAGAAUUGAGCACCUCUUUGAAGAAGAUAAGCUAUGCUAGUGUUCCUAAAUUUCUUUUGCCUGAAUAGUUCAUGAUGAAUAUAAUAACUAUUCAAGCACUUAAUAACUUCUCAUUUGAAUACCCUUGGAGCCUAACCUCUCAUUUGAAUACCCUAACCUCUGAUUUAAUCUCUUAUUCAUUAUAUAUGAGUUUCUAAUUCAUAUCUAUACUGAUUUAUUAAAAGGCGUUGCGAAAAAAGUUCAUGUGCCAUGUAGAACUCUCCUAUUUACGCAUGUCAUUCACUCAGUGAGGUUAUGUAAUGUUAUUGACAACCAAAAAUCAAUACAAUAAGGUUUGAACACUAGACCUUACGUUUGGAGAAUAACUCUCAUUACCAUCUUAACAAACCAUUAAUUGUUGUUUUUCCAUGCACAUUAAUUUAUAAAUACAUGUUAACAUGAAGCUAGUCUAAAACAACUAAAUCUUUAUGUUACCUUUUAUUUUUUAUGGAAUGUAUUUGGAAUAAAAAAUAGCAAUUAAAAUAUUAGGAAAAUAAUAAAUUAAACUGAUAUACAUCAUAAGUUUCAUAAGAAUCAACUAUAGAAAUGCCAUGCAUAUAUCUUAUUAAUUUGAAGCACGUAGUUCCAUUAGAAAAAAAAAUUAAACGAAUUGUAAGAAGAUAAUGAAAAAUUAUUUGGCAUGAUAAAUGACGUAACGUACAUGUGUAAUGGAUGAAUUUAAUAAAUCUUUUCACUUUUAUGGACUAAAUGCAUUUUUGUCAAAUAUUGAGUUAAAAAAGAAUUUCGAAUUUUAAUUAUUCAAAGUAGCAACCAGGCCAUCGCCCGACCCCACACUAGUAUCUUUUAAAAUCAAGGUCUAGCACAUUCCAGUUUUAAAAUUGUCAUGAUAGAUAAUAAAUGUGGUAGUUAACAUUUGAAACCUCAAAACUUAACUUUAGAGCCUAACACAUUACAAGAAAACUUGAAAACCCUAACAUAUCUUUCAAUCUCUUCGGUACUGUUUUUUGUUUCCAAUUUUCUGUUUUUUUUACAAAACUAAAAACCAAAAUAUGAAACCACAAAAGUAGUUUUCAGUGUUUUGUUGUCAGUUUUCAAAAUAUACAUCAUUACUAUAAGUAAUAUUAUUUUUUAGUUUAUUAUCAAUAUAAAUCAUAUGACUUACAAAAUCAAAAAACCAAAAACUGGAAACUGACAGUGAUACCGAACGAGGCCUUAGUGUCUCAAAGUGAAAAUAUAUCCAAUACUACAGUCGUGGUGAGGAAUCAUAAAAAUGUACUACUUCGUAUUUGAGUAGUUAACCCAUAUGUUACAAUAUCAAGUCUCAAUAUAUACAAAUUUCGCAAUUGUGGUGAAAGAUAUUAAAUGUGGUACUAGAAAUUUGAAAUCCCAAAACGUAUCUGUAGAACCGAACAUUCCCUUAAUGUCUCGUAGU